GGACUUUCCGCGCGACUAGUAACGCAAUCUACUGCAGACUUUUAGUGCCUCCAAUUGAUACGAAGAGGGAAAUUCAGCUCGAAAAGAGACAGGACAUCUGCGAGCUUAGCCUCGAGCUCCUCGACCCCCAUCACUUAUCCGCCUUGCAUGCGGCGUUGCUAGCUGCGCCGAGCCCCCUCGAUCUAGAGCCGCCACAACGAUGAAUAACUUCCCGUCCUUCCUCGACACCUCCUCAGGAGUGGGUCCUAACGUACCGCGUCAGGCUCCGUCACCCAGCUCUGCCUCUCACCAAACCAACGGUAUCGGCGGCAUCAACAUCCCAAUGGUGAACGGAAUGCCAAGUGGUGGUCAGCAGACCGACAUGAACCACCUGUGGGGCAUCGUACAGCAGCUCAGCGAGGUGCUGGCCGAGAACAGAGCGCAGACGGCGGGCAUCGUGAACGGAGUGCAGCAGCUACAGUCACGAGCGGCGCAAGACGGGGUAUCGCCGACCAUUGCGCAGGUCAAUGGCGAAUUGAAUACAAAUCGUGCCGCCGAGAUCACAGCACUCCGCACCGAACUCAACGCAACCCAAGCCGCGCUCCAAGCCUCCUCCUCGCAGGCAUCGUCUAUGCGCGGUCUCCUCCUCGACUACGAGAACGCGUUUACUCUGGUGCUCGAUAAGCUGCGCCCCUAUGCCUACAACCACACCCAAGCGAUUCUAGCGCUCCACAAGCACUACCAGCACCUGCUCGAGCAGGAGCGCGCGACGAGCCUAGAGUUACGGCUAGAGCAUGCGGAGUGGCAGGCUGGACUGGGACGGGUGGCAGAUUAUGCGCGAUUGGCGCUCAAGGCACAGAAUGAAGGCGAUUUGCCAGCAGCGAGGAAGAUUCAAGAUUUGAAGGCUGAGAACCGGGUAUUGAGGCGACUGGCCGGAUGGCAAGAUGCGAGUGAUAGUGAGGAGGAAGAAGCAGAGACGAGGGGAGUUGGGACAAGUCCGAUGCCAUCGCAACAAAAUUAGAGGAUUUGGGCCAGUCAAGAAAGCUGUGGGCGUGGUUAUUGAUGCAUAGCGCGGCGUUAAUUGUCGGAUGGGUGAUCUUAUAUGGAUUGGUUGUCCUUGAAGUGGGCAUUAUGCUAUUAGGUUGAGAGGACGCUGAUCAAAGUCCCUGUAGAGGGUGUGUAGUGCUAGUGUCUUCGGAGAAAUCGAACUCUGUAUAAGCUAUCAAGUACAUGAUGCCUUUGGUGAUUCGCCUGAAAGUUCAGAGCCUUGCCAAAAGUAUGCAUGCGCUUGCCUAGGGGGAGGGGGCAUCCACGGAUUUUCAAAAAGUCAGACUCGACGUCUAAGUUUCUCUAGAG